CUUGCGUUCGCUGCGACAAAGAACUAAAUUUAAAUUUUAUUUAACAAUUUAUCCAACACGAUUCCAAAAAUGGCAUUCAAGAUUGUCUUUGCACUCGUUUUCGUUGCAUUAACCAACGCCGGAUACGCACCCAUUGCGCCCGUUUAUCAUGCCUCACCUGACGCUGCGCCUAUAGCUGUAGCCCAAAAGUUUAUUGUUAAAUCAGAGGAAUACGACCAUCACCCACAAUACAAGUUCUCUUAUGGUGUUGACGAUAAGCUGACCGGUGACUCAAAGACCCAAGUGGAGGAACGUGACGGCGAUGUUGUGCGCGGUGAAUACUCACUCAUCGACUCCGAUGGAUACAAACGUACUGUUCAAUAUACUUCUGAUCCUGUGAACGGUUUCAAUGCUGUGGUGAACCGUGAACCGCUUGUGAAAGCUGUUGCUGUGGCUCCAGUUGCUCCCUAUUCCAGUCCGGUAGCGCACUAUGCCACUCCGUCUCACUAUGCUGCACCUGUUUCACAUUACUCUGCUCCAGUCGCGCAUUAUACAACGUAUAACAGCCCGGCAUUAGUAAAGUAUCACAAUUGAAAACUAUUUAAAACUUGAAAUACUACUAUUUAGAAUUUAGCUAAAUGAGUCGA